AAUCACACCUCUAAUCUCAUUCUUAACCACACCACAACAAUUUCUCAAUUUUUUUCCCUUUCUCACACUCUCUAGAUUUAAAAUAUUCAUUUCUUUUAAUGGAUAAUCUACCAAAAUGCCCAGCAAACUAUACCACACUCACUCCUUUAACUUUCUUGAUGAGAGCUUCUGCUUCUUAUGCAAACCGUCCCUCAGUUAUUCAUGAAGCAACCCAAUUCACUUGGUCACAAACUUAUGACCGGUGUCGCCGCCUCGCUUCCUCCCUCCGCGCUCUCAACAUUUCUAAGAACGAUGUGGUAUCAGUAUUGGCACCAAACAUUCCAGCAAUGUAUGAGAUGCAUUUUGCAGUACCUAUGGCGGGCGCGGUACUAAACACGAUUAACCUCCGUCUUGACCCAAAAAACAUAGCCACAAUUCUUCGACACUCAGAAGCGAAAAUCUUCUUCGUAGACUACGAAUUUGUCCCCAAAGCAAAAGAAGCCUUAAGAUUACUAAUGGAAGAAAAAAAUCAAACAGAACAAUACUCAUCACUUCCAUUAGUAAUCGUCAUAGACGACAUAAACUCUCCUACCGGAAUCCGGUUAGGCGAGCUUGAAUACGAACAAAUGGUCCGUCAUGGUAAUCCAAAUUACAUUCCAGAAGAAAUCCAAGAUGAAUGGUCACCAAUUGCAUUGAAUUAUACAUCAGGUACAACUUCAGAACCAAAAGGUGUUGUUUAUAGUCAUAGAGGUGCUUAUCUUAGUACUUUGAGUUUAAUCCUUGGUUGGGAAAUGGGUAGUGAACCUGUUUAUCUAUGGACAUUACCAAUGUUUCAUUGUAAUGGUUGGACAUUUACUUGGGGUAUAGCUGCUAGAGGAGGUACUAAUAUUUGUAUCCGAAACACUGCGGCUUCGGAUAUAUAUAGAGCUAUAAAUCUCUAUAAUGUGACACACAUGUGUUGCGCGCCUAUUAUUUUUAAUAUUAUUUUAGGCGCAAAAGCUAGCGAAAAGAGAGAGAUAAAAACUCCGGUUAAUAUACUAACCGGUGGAGCGCCUCCGCCUGCGUCGCUACUUGAGGAAAUUGAGUCAAUUGGGUUUCAUGUGACACAUGCUUAUGGACUAACAGAGGCAACAGGGCCAGCACUUGUUUGUGAGUGGCAAAAGCAAUGGAAUGUUUUGCCGAAAAGAGAACAAUCGAUGCUUAAAGCGCGACAAGGGGUUAGUGUUUUAACACUUGCUGAUGUUGAUGUGAAGAAUCUUAAGACAAUGGAGAGUGUGGUAAGAGAUGGUGAAACAAUGGGGGAAAUUGUGUUGAAAGGAAGUGGAAUUAUGAUGGGGUAUUUUAAAGAUAAUGAAGCGACUGCGAAAGCGUUCGGCGAUGGUUGGUUUCGAACCGGUGAUGUUGGUGUUAUACAUAAAGAUGGUUAUUUGGAAAUUAAAGAUAGAUCUAAAGAUGUGAUUAUUUCAGGUGGUGAAAAUAUUAGUAGUGUUGAAGUUGAAAAUGUUCUUUAUAUGCAUCCUAAGAUUUUGGAAGCUGCUGUGGUUGCAAUGCCUCAUCCAAAAUGGGGUGAAAGUCCUUGUGCUUUUGUUUCACUUAAGAAAAAUGAUGGUAAAAAAAGUGAUUUUUUUACUGUUACUGAGGAUGAGAUAAUUGGUCAUUGUAGAAAAAAUUUACCACAUUUUAUGGUACCUAAGAAGGUUGUUUUUAUGGAGGAGUUACCAAAGAAUGGUAAUAAUAAGAUUCAGAAAUUUGAAUUGAGGGUCAAAGCUAAGAGUUUUGUGGAGAAUAAGAAUAAGAAGACUAAUAAUCAAGUCAAUCAAAAUAAUCACCAGAUUUUGGCUAUGUCUCGUCUUUGAAAGUCUUUUUUUUAUUAGUCUUUGUUUAUUUGAAGAAGAAAAAAAAAAAGAAUAGUGUAUUGUGUUGUGUAAAUAUUGAGUUUGGAGCUAUUUAUAUUUCUCUAUAUUUAAAUAGUUCACAUUUCAGCAACUAUUGAGGCAUUAGUUUUAUGUAUUGAUCUGGUUCAACUUGUUUUGUGGCAAAUUGUAACAAUAUAUAAAUAUUUUUUUGUAUUCCAAGUUUCCAAA